CAUACGCGGAACUGACCACAUAAAGCUCACACAGAAGAUAUCUAGGCUAUCUGUCGAGUUAAGUCCGAGCAGUAGGACAGAGGAUUCUAUUCCACUACAUUCAUCUCACAUCACCUCUGUACUUUCACCUCCUGGACCUGGACCUCCAUCCCUCUGCACAGACAUGCAGGCUGUUCAGCUGCUCUUGCUGAUGGCUGGAGCCUCCAAAGGUCUGGAGUCCAUCUGCAAUGCCACUGAAAGCAUAUGUUUUGGGGCUCUAGGAGGACCUGUGUAUCUGAGGCUGAUGACAAACGCCAGCGGACAUGAUCUCGCUGUAUAUCGUGGAGAUACGGUUGUUUUCAACUUCAGAAAUUCUAGAUCUGUGUUCUACAAAGAGAGCAACACCACACCAGUCCUCCAGAGGUGGCAAUUUGUUCCUGAUAACGGUACCCUGAUUAUAAACCCUGCAGAGAGGAGAGACGCAGGAACAUACAGAGCUGAAGUCUAUGAGCAAUCAACAGGAAAGGGAGCUGGAUAUUAUACAGUACAACUGAUCAUGGAAGCUCCAGUCUCUGAUGUGGGUCUGUCAAUCAGGAGUAUGAAGUGCUCCUCCAAUGGGGACAGUCUUCAGUUCAGCUGGUCUCUGGAUGGGAGGCCUGUGGGGGAAGCCGAUGCUGAUCUCAGUUCAGAUAACCAGACUAUCCUGCUGAAGGGGGAUGCGACUGGAGAACUCACUUGUACCGCCUCAAACCACGUCAGCAGAGCAAACACCACCAUCACAAAGCAGCUCUGCUCUGGUUAG